GCUGAUGAUUGGUUUUUGGGGGUGGCGAACCCAAAUCCUUUCUACCCGGAUGUGCAUGAAGACUGCUCAGCGGCCUCUUCCGCCUUCUCUGCCCUCGUAGAGGCCACAGUCUAGGGCACACUGGGGUUCCCCCUGUGGAGUGUUCUGUGGCAACACUUAUGUGUCCCCACAGCACCUCCACCUGGCGUGGCAACACUAAGCACCCCUCCAAUGCCGUAGGUUCUUGUCUACUCCGGUGGCGGGGACCUAUAGAGCUGCGGGGCAGGCUGCCACCUCACUGUGUGUUAUUGCCAUCGUUUGGGUGUGCAGUGACAUGCACGAGGGUAGGGCUGAUUCAGGGCUCAUCCUUGAGCUGCCUGCCAUCACCGACUUUGCUCUACGAGCGACGAAGGUGACCGCAUGCUCCCUAAGUCAGGUGAUGUCCACAGGCGUGGUCAGACAUUUCUGGGUUAACCUGGUUGAUGUGCGCAAGGCUGAGGCAACCAGCCGCCGGCUCAGACACCUCAGUCCGCUUGCCGCCGAAUGCGCCCUCCUGCGACUUCCGUCCCCUCCCGUCCGGCCCCAGCAGCACCGGGCCGUGCCAUGUAGGUGGUCGCAGGGAGGCGCCCCUGCCCAUACCAGCCCUGCAGCCCCGCUGCGGCACUCCGGUUACGGGCAGCUGAGAUAUGGCUUGCAGUUAUUUCAGGGAGUGGUCGCAGGCCCACUCCUUCCCCUGGUGGUGGGUUGGGGGAGAAUUUUUUCUUCAAAGAGCUGCAUUCCAUCUCUGAGCACACAGAGCAGGAUGGCUGUGUGCAACGCCCCCGUGCCUCGCCACUCUCGUCCUCCCCGGUCUCUGAGGGUGCGGAUGGCAGUGUGUGUUGUCUCCGGACCACGCCACUCUCCCUCCCCUCUAUCACCAGACCCCCGUGGAACCCUGGACCUUCCCUGGUUUCCUCUGUCGGGGCGCGGAACCUGAUCGUGCACUCACGCAGGGUUGCUA